UAUAUAUAUAUAAAUUAAACCCAACGCUAGCUUUACGCGGCGAGUAAAACAAAUUUCACCCCAAGAACGAUGGCGUUUGUUAUACGGCUUCUCAGUCGCACUUGCUCCACAUCUACCCAAUUAACCACUGGUACCGCCGCCAGAGCAUCAUCCGUUGAGGUCUUGUACAAAGAGCGCAACCUCAAACGCCUGGUCGAGAAGUUCAAAAAAUUCUCCGAAAAUGACCGUUUCCGAACUAAAACCGGCAUUUAUGAAGAGACAAUUCGCCGCCUUGCCAUUGCCAAACGCUUCAAUUGGAUCGAGGAGAUCCUUGAGGACCAAAAGAAAUACAAGGACAUACACAAAGAAGGUUAUAAUGCCCGUUUGAUUAGGCUUUAUGGGAAAUCAAAUAUGUUCGACAAUUCCCGUAAAGUAUUUGAUGAAAUGCCAGACAGAAAUUGCAAAAGGACUGUAGUUUCCUUUAAUGCUCUUCUGGCAGCAUGUGUUACUUCGAAGAAAUUUGACGAGGUCGAUGGGUUGUUCAGGAAAUUGCCAAAAGAAUUGGAGAUUAAGCCAGAUACAGUCUCAUAUAAUACAGUUAUUAAGGGAUAUUGUGAAAUGGGUGCAUUAGAUAAAGCCAUAUCUUUGCUUGUUGAGAUGGAAAUGAAAGGAAAUCCGCCUGAUUUGAUCACUUUUAAUACUCUUUUAAAUGGGUUCUAUUCAAAUGGGCUGUUUGUUGAUGGGGAGAGAAUUUGGAGUCAAAUGGUACAAAAGAGUAUUGUUCCUGAUAUAAGAAGUUAUAAUGCAAAAUUACUUGGUUUGGCAUUGGUUAAAAGAACCAAAGAUGCUGUUUUGUUGCUACAAGAAAUGAAAAGUAAGGGAAUUAAACCUGAUGUUAUUAGUUUCAACGCUUUGAUUAAAGGGUUUGUUAAAGAGGAAAACUUGGAAGAAGCCAAGUACUGGUAUUGUGAAACAAGGAAUAGUGGUGGUGAUUGUGGGCCAGAUAAAUUCACUUUUACAACCUUGAUUCCUUUUGUAUGUGAAAAGGGUGAUUUAAGGUUUGCUUUUGAGCUUUCGAAAGAUGUUAUCAGUAGGAAGUGUCUUGUUGACAUGGCAUUGUUAAAAUGUGUGGUUGAGGGAUUGGUUAAGGAGUCAAAGAUUCAGGACGCUAAUGAACUUGUGAAGCUUGGGAUGAAUAAUGGGUACUGCCGUUAUCAGCUGUAGCUGCCUUUAGAAGAGUAGUAAUGAAUGGCUUCUUGGGUAAAAUGACACAGAGAAAUGGACUUUUAUAGAGUCGCAAAUGUUGAAUUGCAACCGUUAGUUUCCUGAUAAGAUAUGUUAUUCUUUUCAUACAUCCUCUUCGUAUGGCUAUAAACCUUUUCUAAAUUCCAUGUAUUUGUUGAAAAUGGAAUUGCGAAGCCACAAAGCUUGACAAAUAAAUUGUUAGAACUCUUUGUUUUUUGGGUCACCUGGAGGAACCAUGUGUGCCUCAAUUAUUGUUACACAGCGGUAGUGGCGUCAAUUAUCAGAAUUUGUUCCCAGUCAUAUAGUAAUGAAAAUUAGACCACCCCAAAUUGUACCA